ACCUCCUGUAUACCGGGCGAGGGAGAAAACAUCUUGCCACCAACUUGCUGUAGAAGUUCAUCUCUCGACACUCAUCUCACGAAUGAGCCACCGCAGCUGAGCCUCACCGAUUUAUAUUAACAACAGCACUCAUUUCUUUAAAUGGCAAGGUGUGUACAGUAGCCGUGUUCACCUUGAGGCUGCUGUUUGCACACCUCAGGGCGCGGGUUCACAUUCCAGGCGGUGUCUCGUGAUGUCAUUGACGACAAUGAAAAAUUGUAAGUAUUUACUUCCUUCUUCACCGUCGCUAUGAAAGAUAGGUCCUGGUCCAGCGUCUCUUUGAGUCACACAGCGAGCGACCUAAGCGAAGCCAUGGGUCAUGGCGAGCGCGACUCCCAGUGAGAGUGUGGAUAGUGAGCUGCGCUGCUCCAUCUGACUGGGCACGUUCGUCUGCCCCUCCACGCUGAGCUGUGGACACACGUUCUGCCUGCGGUGCCUGGAGACCAUCUGGGAGACGGCGAGCAGCUUCAGCUGCCCGCAGUGCCGAGCGACCUUCCCUGUGCGACCCCAGCUGAGGAGGAACGUGGCCCUCGCCAACCUGGCGGAGCAGCUCAGAGUUGGAGACGGGAUGGCCGCGGCCGUUGUGUGUGACAACUGCACUGACGGCCACACUCCUGCAGUGAGGACCUGCGUGAAAUGUGAGAUGUCCUACUGUGCAAGACACGCGAGGCCUCACUUGGAGAAUCCCAGGUUGAGUGGCCACGUCCUGGUGGCUCCCAUCGCGAUCCUGGAGGAGCGACGUUGCCGGCAGCACAGACAGGAGCAGAUCAAGUUCUACUGUGAACAAGAUGACAGCCUGGUCUGCACAGUCUGCACCAUCGCUGGGGAACAUAGAGGGCAUGAGGUCAUUCCACUGGAAAAUGCACAACGGACAAAACAGGAGGCGUUCAGACUCGAGAAGACGGAGAGAGAGGAGAAGAAGACUACGGCAGAAUCACGGACAAAGCAGCUCAAGCGUGCCUACAAGCGCGUGCAGGAGUCUCUGCGUGGGACCAAGGAGCGGAUCAGUCGAGAGUUUGAGCGCCGGAGGGAGCAGCUGACGGAGGAGGAGAGGGAGGCGCUGGAGCGCGUGGACGAGGAGGGCCGCUCCGUGCUGUCCCGCAUCCAGGCGGACAUCGCUCGCUACGAGAGCAGAGCACGUGGCCUGGAGCAGGAGAUCAACCAGCUGCUCGCCGCCCUCGCUGUACAGGACCCGCUCUCCUUCCUGCAGGCUCCCGUAAAUGAGAGACUCAGGAGGAGCUCCGUCUCCCAGGAGACUCAGUAUUACCCAGCCCCCGUCUCCCAUGGUCUGAACCUCGCAAAGGUCAUCUCAGUGGGCGGCGUCCAAACUAAGCUUCUGCCUUUUCUCGAUGGACGCUCACCGACUCUGGACACAAACUCAGCUCACGACGACCUCCAGAUUUCCUCGGAUCUCAGGACGGCGACGCUGAGUGGUGUCCCCCAGGGUCGCCCCCAUCACCCACACCGCUUUGAACGCUGGUCACAAGCGCUGUGCUCUGAGAGCUUCUCGUCCGGUCAGCACUACUGGGAGGUGGACGUGGGGAGCGCGAGGCGGUGUUGUCGAGUUGGAGUUGCGUACGGGACGAUCCCACGGAGAGGGAGUGAUGCAGAGUGCCUCCUGGGAGAGAGUGACGUCUCCUGGUGUCUACAGAAACUUGGUGACAGCUUCUCAGUGCUGCAUGGCGGGGUAGAGACGUCACUGUCGGUGCCGCAGCCUCCGCCGAGAGUCGGGGUCCACCUGGACUGGGACGCGGGGCUGCUGUCGUUUUACAACGCUGACUCCAUGGGGCCUUUGCACUCGUUUCACCACACAUUCACUCAGCCCCUACACCCUGGGCUGGCGGUGGCAGCGCAGCCCGGAGCGGCAGAGACGCGGACACCGUGGGGCUCCCAUCACGAGGAGACCCCUCGCCGGCUGGCGACCUGUUGCUCUCGUUCCCGGUUUGAACUGCUCCUGAGCCGACCCACCGGUCGAACUGAGCCCCGAGGGUCCGGCUCCAAUGGACGCUCACCGACUCUGGACACAAACUCAGCUCACGACGACCUCCAGAUUUCCUCGGAUCUCAGGACGGCGACGCUGAGUGGUGUCCCCCAGGGUCGCCCCCAUCACCCACACCGCUUUGAACGCUGGUCACAAGCGCUGUGCUCUGAGAGCUUCUCGUCCGGUCAGCACUACUGGGAGGUGGACGUGGGGAGCGCGAGGCGGUGUUGUCGAGUUGGAGUUGCGUACGGGACGAUCCCACGGAGAGGGAGUGAUGCAGAGUGCCUCCUGGGAGAGAGUGACGUCUCCUGGUGUCUACAGAAACUUGGUGACAGCUUCUCAGUGCUGCAUGGCGGGGUAGAGACGUCACUGUCGGUGCCGCAGCCUCCGCCGAGAGUCGGGGUCCACCUGGACUGGGACGCGGGGCUGCUGUCGUUUUACAACGCUGACUCCAUGGAGCCUUUGCACUCGUUUCACCACACAUUCACUCAGCCCCUACACCCUGGGCUGGCGGUGGCAGCGCAGCCCGGAGCGGCAGAGACGCGGACACCGUGGGGCUCCCAUCACGAGGAGACCCCACGUGGAGACGUCUCAACGUGA